GAAGACCUGCCUCUGAGUCCAAGGAGCCCUCUGACUCCUAGACACGGCCCAGGCUUGGCUGACGUCUGUCAGUACGAUGAGUGGCUAGCUGUGAGGCACGAGGCCUCGCUGCUGCCCAUGCAAGAAGAUCUCUCCAUCUGGUUGUCCGGCUUAUUAGGUACUGCAGUGAAAGCAGAAAGAUUAUUGCACGAACUUGAUAACGGAGUGCUCUUGUGCCAACUGAUUGCUGUCCUCCAAGAGAUGGUGAAAACAUGCACCUCUGACGCACCUGGGAAUUUCCCAAUGAGAAAAGUUCCUUGCAAGAAAGAUGCCCCAACAGGUUCGUUCUUUGCUAGAGACAACACUGCAAACUUCCUCCACUGGUGCCGGGACAUUGGAGUGGAUGAGACGUACCUCUUUGAAUCGGAGGGUUUAGUUUUACAUAAAGAUCCAAGGCAGGUGUAUCUUUGUCUUCUUGAAAUUGGUCGAAUUGUGUCAAGAUACGGGGUUGAGCCACCAGUAUUAGUAAAACUUGAGAAAGAAAUUGAGCUAGAAGAGACCUUGCUCAAUACAUCUGGGCUUGAAGAAUCCAUCAGCAUUCCCAAAUCAUGCUGUCAGCAUGAGGAGUUACACGAAGCUUACUUAUCUGAAGGACGGUACCGACUCGGGGAUAAAAUACUUUUUAUAAGAAUGCUUCACGGCAAACAUGUCAUGGUCCGUGUUGGUGGAGGCUGGGACACUCUUCAAGGAUUUUUGCUGAAAUACGACCCCUGCCGAAUCUUACAGUUUGCGACACUGGAACAAAAAAUUCUAGCAUUUCAAAAAGGAGUUUCUAACGAAAGUGUACCUGACUCGCCCGCCAGAACACCUCAGCCUCCUGAGAUGAAUCCUUUGUCAGCGGUUAACAUGCUUCAGAAGCAAAACUCAACACCGGCCCCAUCAGUUGGUGUUCUAAGGAGCAAAGAGAAGCGGGCCCGUCCGCCAGGCCUUGGGCUGCCGGCAGCAUCCUCACGGAAAGGUGAUCCUCCAGGUUCCAAAGCUCAGCAUCCUCCAGCAGCAUCUGCUCAUCUCAAAUCUUCCAAAGGCGUAACAAAGCCACUACCGACGCCUUCCAACAAGGUGCCAUCUCCUCUCGCUUCUCUAAGUGGAGUAGGUAAAAGCACUUGUUCACCAGCUUUGUCAAGAACUGCACCUUGUGUAUCUGAGCCUUUAAGGAAAUGGGCCUUGUCACCCAGUACUCCUAAAGCCCGGUGUCCAGCCCAGAAGUCCAGAGAUGCUCCCAGUGCUAACCCCCCACCAAGUAAGUGUUCUGGAAAAGCCACGCCACAGCAUUUGAAGCACAAUUGCAUUUCUUCUCGGGAUGACGCGGGGUCUCGCUCUGCAGCACAUCUGACUCCUUCAUCAGAAUGCCCAAGGCUCCCCAAAGCGAAUGCACACAGAAAGCCUAAGCCACCGCCUCCAGCUCAGGCCGCUACGAAAACGGCCAAGUCCACUUCCAAAAGCACAGCGCCAGGCCUCUUGCCAAGGUCUCGGCCCCCUGGUGGAGCUGCACAGGCAGUGCCAGGCCCUGCACCUAAACUGAGCUCAGCCUUGCGUGUAAACCAGCCAGUUGCCGCGUCCUUUUCUUCCGCAAAAGCUUCCCAAGACCCCCAAAAUAGGAAAUUGGUUUCAGUGCCCAAAAGGCAGCCUCAGAAUAAAAUGACCCACCAGCAAGUCGGCCCCAGCUCCUCGAGGUCCCCUGCUCGGACUCCCCUGGCCAACGUGAGUCUCCCCCAGACUUCAGCCAGAACCCAAAGUGGACUGAAGUCAGCACAGACUGUCCCCAAGGGCCAGUCUGCAGCUACAGGACCUCUGAAGAGUGGCCGAGGCCCUGUGCCCACCAGGAAGCUGCCCACCACUGGCAAGGAUUCGGAGCCCAUAAAGGAAAAUGAAACGCUGGUAUUUGUGUCUGAGCCUCAAGAACUAGAGGCAUUUGCUGCUAAGAUUUAUUACCCAGAAAAUAAGCAACAAGAAUCAAAUCCUAAGCAAGUAAUUGAAACCGACAGGAAUCUGAGCUUUCUCUGGCCCCUCCCCCACUUCGACCCCGACACCCUUGUCAGGGAGGAUGCCUUCCUGCAUGUUACUGUGGACAUGCACCUGAAGCUGGUGCGGCUCUUUGUGGCUGGGACAGCAGCUGCCCAACAGCUCACGGAUCACACUUUCCGGUUUUCUCCAUGUUUCAAAACUGUCCAUGGCAAAACGCAAGGGAACACCAUUCCCAAGAUGUCCUACGUGAACGACAGCCCCUGA